AUAUGGGCCGCGUGGAAGAACAAGAACUCUGGGGUGUCGGAGGGCCAGGACCGCAGUGAAACCAUCAUGGUGGGCGGGAGGGACAUUGGGUUGUUCGUCGGUGGAUUUACCAUGACGGCUACAUGGGUGGGCGGCGGCUACAUCAACGGGACGGCAGAGUAUGUCUACUUGCCUGACUACGGCCUGGCCUGGGCGCAGGCUCCCUUUGGAUACGCCCUCAGUCUGGUAGUAGGUGGCCUGUUCUUUGCCAAGCCCAUGCGCUCCAGGGGUUACGUCACCAUGCUGGACCCGUUCCAGCAGAUAUAUGGGAAGCGCAUGGGGGGGCUGCUCUUCAUUCCCGCGCUCAUGGGGGAGAUCUUCUGGUCUGCCGCCAUCUUGUCAGCCCUGGGAGCUACUCUGAGUGUGAUUGUGGACAUUGACAUCAACAUGUCGGUGGUGAUCUCAGCCCUGAUAGCCAUCUUCUACACCCUGGUGGGAGGGCUGUACUCUGUGGCCUACACUGACGUGGUGCAGCUCUUCUGUAUCUUCCUGGGACUGUGGGUCAGGUUGCCGUUUGCCCUGUCCAACCCAGCGGUGUCAGCAUCUGUGACAGCUAAAGAGGCUGUGUACCAGACACCCUGGCUGGGUAAGAUAGACUCAGCAGACACCUGGAUGUGGAUCGACAACUUCUGUCUUCUGAUGUUGGGGGGGAUUCCGUGGCAGGUGUAUUUUCAACGGGUUCUCUCUGCCUCUUCAGCUACGUACGCCCAGGUUCUGUCCUUCAUCGCUGCCGCUGGUUGCCUGGUCAUGGCUGUCCCCUCCGUCCUCAUAGGAGCGAUAGGGGCCUCCACAGACUGGAACCAGACUACAUACGGGGCAAUUCCUCCCAAAGAGAAGGACCAAUCAGAUAUGAUCCUGCCCAUCGUGCUGCAGCACCUGUGCCCACCCUGGAUCUCCUUCUUCGGUCUGGGGGCGGUGUCUGCCGCUGUGAUGUCAUCAGCGGACUCCUCCAUCCUUUCAGCCAGUUCAAUGUUCGCCAGAAACAUCUACCAGCUGGCCUUCAGACAGUCUGCGACAGACCGUGAGAUCGUGUGGGUGAUGCGUAUCACCAUCUUUGUGUUCGGAGCUCUGGCCACGGCCAUGGCGUUGCUCACAGGGACAGUAUACGGCCUGUGGUACCUGAGCUCCGACCUGGUCUAUGUUAUCAUCUUCCAGCUGCUCAGCGUGCUCUUCAUCAAGGACAACACGUACGGCUCGGUGGCCGGCUACGUCUUCGGGCUGCUGCUGCGUAUCGGCGGAGGGGAGCCCUACCUCAAACCCCCCCUUAUCUACUACCCCGGCUGGGUGCAACAGGAGAAGAUCCACCACCUGACUGGAGACGUGGAGUACUUCAUCCAGCAGCGCUUCCCCUUUAAAACGGUCUCCAUGUGUGCGUGUGUGUAG